AUGUCCAAUCCGAGCGAUCCAAAGGCCUAUACAAUUGGGUGGAUUUGUGCCCUGUCGACAGAGUUCACCGCAGCGGGGGAACAGUUCGACCAAGAAUAUAAACGGGAUGAGUCGCCUAAGCGCAUAGACAGAAAUGAUCACAAUGCGUACAGAUUCGGCAAAAUCGAGGGUCACUUGGUCGUCAUAGCCGUCUUGCCCAACGGUCAGUACGGGACUUCAUCUGCAGCCGUUGUCGCCAAAGAUAUGAUGCGCAGCUUUCCAAACAUACGAUUUGGUCUUAUGGUCGGGAUUGGCGGAGGUGUCCCUACUGAAAAGCGUGACAUUCGCUUGGGGGAUGUUGUAGUCAGCUCACCUGAGGCCGGUCAAAGUGGUGUCUUCCAAUACGACUUCGGCAGAGCUACAAAAGAAGGGUAUCAAUACAGGGGAUCGCUCAACAAACCACCUCAGGUAUUACUUGCAGCAGUAGCAAAGCUCAAGUCCCAAUUCGAGGCAGAGAGCAAUCAGAUCGCUGCGAAGGUCGACACCAUCGUAAAUGAUCCGUGUCAUGAGUUUUGUGUGACAGCCCCAACUAAUCUCAUUGAUCGCACACCGCGGUCGGAACUUCUAGAAGAGGAGGUCUCAGUCCACUAUGGUAUCAUUGCUUCAGGCAAUACUCUCAUGCAAGACGUCACCAAGCGAGAUGAGCUUGCCAAGGCAAAUAUCUUGUGUUUUGAAAUGGAAGCCGCUGGGCUUAUGGAUGGGUUUCCAUGUCUUGUUAUUCGCGGAAUAUGCGACUAUUGUGACUCUCAUAAGAAUGAUAAAUGGCAGGGCUAUGCAGCUAUGACUGCUGCUGUAUACGCUAAGCAGGUUCUCGGUGAAAUACGCCCAGAGGACAUUACAAUGGAGGAGACUGGUAUCUCAAAGAUGAAUGAAGGUGAGUAG